UUGUGAUCUCCCUUUAGAUACAUUGUAUCCGGAUUGUGAUCUCCCUUUAGAUACAUUGUAUCCGGAUUGUGAUCUCCCUUUAGAUACAUUGUAUCCGGAUUGUGAUCUCCAUUUACAUACAUUGUAUCCGGAUUCUGCUGGUCGUAUAUUUUUACACUUUAUCGGUUUCCCAUUCGGUGACAUGAAAUAAUCCACGUGUAUCCAUUGGACGGGGAAGGAUUCUCGGAUCAGAAUUGGCGUCUCUAUCCGGUGAUGGUUCGGGAUCUAUUACUUUACGGCGCGCUGUUAUACGGAUUUACGCUUCGAAUCAUGUAAGAGGCGAAACCGACCGAUAUCAAUCAUGGUGGAUAUAGCGGAAAGUGGAUCGGAGGUGAAGAAGACCUUCAUCGUGCCGGCCAUCAAACCCUUCGAUCACUAUGACUUCAACAGGGCCAAGGUGGCCAGUAACCUGGCCUGGUUGGUGGCCAAAGCCUUUGGCGCAGAAAACAUCCCCGAGGAGCUCCAGGAGCCUUUCUAUACGGAUCAGUAUGACCAGGAGCACAUGAAGCCGCCCGUGGCGAACCUUCUCCUCUCGGCGGACUUGUACUGUCGGGCAGGGAGUCUUAUUCUGAAGAGUGAUACCGCCAAACCCCUUCUGGGGCACGAUGCCGUCAUCCAAGCCUUGGCACAGCGUGGGCUCUAUGUGACCGACCAUGAAAAGCUGGUGACCGAGAGAGACCUGAGGAAGAAGCCUAUUCAGAUGAGCGCUCACCUUGCGAUGGUCGACACGCUGAUGAUGGCGUAUACGGUGGAGAUGGUCAGCAUAGAGAAAGUCAUCGCCUGCGUGCACAAGUACUCUCCCUUCUUCCAGACCGCAGACCUUCCCUAUGACAUCGAAGAUGCCGUCAUGUACUGGAUAAAUAAGGUAAAUGGACAUUUAAAAGGAAUUCUUGAACAAGAACAUCGAGUGAAGGAACAGCAGAACAUGGACCCCAACACUACACAGAAGUCGUCUUCCAAAUGGUUUUGGAAACUGGUCCCUGCCAGAUACAGGAAGGAGCAGAAUCUGUACAAACAGCUGCCAUAUAUACCCCUCAUGGAGAACAUCUUAAAAGAUGGCACCGAUGGAUGUGCCCUGGCCGCCCUCAUCCACUUCUACUGCCCGGAGGUGAUCAGAUUGGAAGAUAUUUGCUUUAAAGAGUCCAUGUCCCUGGCCGACAGCCUGUAUAACCUCCAGAUAAUUCAGGAAUUCUGCCAAGAGUAUCUCAAUGGAUGCUGCCAUUUUAGCUUGGAAGAUAUGCUCUACGCAUCGUCCUCCAUCAAGGCCAAUUAUUUGGUAUUCAUGGCAGAACUUUUCUGGUGGUUUGAAGUAGUGAAGCCAUCAUUUGUACAGCCGAGAGUGGUUGAUACACAAGGAAUCAUGAAGGCGGCCUCAAAAGCACGUUUUAAUAGAAGGCAUACAUUAGGAAGUUCUUCAAAUGCAAGAAAUCCACCAGAAGCUUUGUCUCCGACUGGUCCAGCUGUUAUUCGAAGAUCCUCUUCAAUGUCCUAUGUGGAUGGACAAGUUGGGACGUGGCCCAAAGAAAAACGAUCUUCAGUCCAUGGCGUCUCAUUUGACAUUUCUUUUGACAAAGAAGAUGGAAUCAGAGUAACAACCCCCAGCAAACCCAUCCGAAGAUCUAUCAGCAACGAAGGCUUCUCUCUGAACCUGGCCCGUGUUCCAAAACACAUCCGAAAAAAUCUUUCCUUUCAACCCAUCAACGGACAAGGACAGUCAGAUAGUAUUCAUGAAGAAUGGGGUCAGGGGCCACCCAACUACGAUGACUUGUCACCCAACAGCAACCAAUGGGAUUCCGAUGAAGGAGACCAAAAUAGGCAGCCCAAUGGCCCACAUGAGAAUAGGAUACCUGGAGAUGAACAGGAUGCUCAGAUAGGAGCUCCGAGCAUUGAAGAAGCACUUGAAAUUAUUCACAACCCUGAGAAGACUAGUCCUGUCAUUACGGAUUCAGUAAACAAUAGCUUUUUCCUUCACAACACUCAUGUUAAUGUGGGCUUGCCACCAUCUUCUUUGGCUCUUACAGAGACAAACUUAGACUUUUUCGACAAAAAAGAAUUGCAGAGCCCUGUCACUGACAAUACCGAGGUGGAUACUGGUAUUCACAUACAAUCAGAAGACAUUCCAGAAACUAUGGAUGAAGAUUCCUCUUUAAAAGACUACACGGUUAGUUUAGAUUCCGACUUUGACGAACAUCUAAAGUUGCAACAGGAUUAUGGAACUCACAUAAAUAAUGCACGGGAAUCGGUCAGUCCUUGCCCUAGCUCUGUAAGUGGAAAAUCCCAAGCAGGUAGUACGGCUUCUUCCAGUUCUGGUAUCAAAAUGACCAGCUUUGCAGAGCAAAAGUUCAGGAAACUCAAUCAUGGAGAUGGCAGGAGCAGUGGAAGCAGCUCCCCAAAGACAACUCCAGAUGGUUCAGAACUAAAUAUUCCACAAGUGGUCGCACUUGGCCAGAUCCAAGAGGUGAACUCUCUUCCGCAAAGCAAAGACACAACACAGCUCUUGGCAUCCGAGGUGGUGCAGCUCAGAAUGAAAUUGGAAGAAAAAAGGAGAGCUAUCGAGGCGCAGAAAAAGAAGGUCGAGGCCGCAUUUACACGUCAACGGCAAAAAAUGGGAAGAACUGCGUUUCUGACGGUUGUUAAAAAGAAAGGAGAUGGUAUCUCCCCUCUGCAAGAAGAAGCUGCGUCUUUGGAAAGCGAGAAAGCCCAAGAAGAUAUCUCAGCAGAAAAGGUCAUGCGGCGGCCAUUAAACAUUAGCCUCCUGCCCCAAAAAGUGAAUAGUGAGCAAAUACCUCGAUGGCUAAAAUCUCCUACAACACCUGUAGAUACUGACAAAUCUUGGAGCCUAACAAGCCCAAGUGAAGAAAACAUGACGGAAGUUGACGUGGGAGAGUACACAAAAUCCAUCGAAAAACUAAAUUCCUCUCUGAAUUUUCUACAGCAGGAAAUGCAAAGACUGGCUUUACAGCAGGACAUGUUAAUGCAGAUGAGAGAGAAGCAAGCCUGGGUUAUCUCACCACCACAACCCUCACCCCAAAAAGUUCCCCAGAAAGAGUCCAAACCAGCAACAAAACCCUCAGUAACGUGGUCCCCAGUUCCUUGCGUUUCCAUGGAGUCCCCUCGACAAGCUCACAGAUCUCCCCAAACGUCAAUCAAGAAGACUGUAUCUUUUAAUGCGAAACCCCAGAGGACGCCUCGCCCCAAUGAGCUUAAAAUAACACCCUUAAAUCGCACUUUGACGCCACCUCAAUCGGUAGAUAGCCUUCCACGUCUACGGAGGUUCUCUCCAAGCCAGACACAAACAAGAUCCUUUGUUUACUUUGGAGACGAUAGAAAACCUGAAACCAAUCAAGAGGCCAAGGACAUAUCUAAUACAGAUGAAUGUUGUAAUAGCGAGACUCAAGGGAAUGAAGGAUCGGAAUCACAUCAGACGCCUGAUCCAGUGGAGAAAAAACCCAUAGAGUCGACGGUAUCGGAAGUGUUGUCGCAGCCUAUUAUAGAGACUGUGUGCGUUACACCAAAUGAUGAGGUUUUCAGUCAGAGAUCCUUUUCCACCACUAAAAAUGGAAGAUUUAUUGAAGUCCCUCUUUCAAAGUUACAACUCCCAGAGGAGACUUCUGAAAAGAAUGAAGCGGAGCCUGAAAAAGAACUGAUAACGGAAGACCAGAAAGUCUGUUGUGGCUUCUUUUUCAAGGAUGAUCGGCAAGAAGAAAAUGACAUAGCUGCAAAACGUGCUGCACUUUUGGAGAAGAGACUGAGGAGAGAACGUGAAAAUCAGCAGAAGAAGGUGGAGCAAGAGAUGGAGCUGGAACUCAAGAAGGAAGAAGCCAGGCGAAAGUCAGAAGAGGAACGUAGUAAGAAAGAAGAUGAGAAGGCGAGACGAGAAUAUAUCAAACAAGAAUACCUACGCAGGAAACAGCUGAAGUUAAUGGCGGAUAUGGAUUCUGUUAUCAAACCUCGCGGGAACCUUAACCGACCAAAAAAAGCCAGGCCGAAAUCCAUCCACAGAGACCAGCACGUGGAAUUGCCUAGAACACCGACUGGCGCUCCUCCAGCUUCAAGCUUUUCCCUGGCUUCACUGAACACGGGAGACAAUGAAAGUGUAAAUUCUGGGAAAAGAACGCCAAGUCCUUUUAGGUCAGAAUCUGUAGAAGGAUUUCUGUCACCUGCUUGUUCCGGCAGUCGUAAUGGGGAAAAAGACUGGGAAAAUGCUUCUACUACAUCCUCGGUGGCGUCCGCAACAGAGUACACAGGGCCAAAGCUAUACAAGGAACCCAGCGCUAAAUCUAACAAGUACAUCAUCCAGAACGCCAUAUCCCAUUGUUGCCUGGCUGGUAAAGUGAAUGAAGGGCAGAAGAACAAGAUUCUGGAGGUAGAUGCUAAUAUCUCAGAAAUGGAGAAAUCUAACGCCAACAACUUCCUAAUCUUGUUCCGUGACUCAGGAUGUCAGUUCCGUUCUGUCUAUACUUACUAUCCGGAAGUGGACGAGAUAACCAAGCUGGUGGGCAUCGGACCCCGCUCCAUAACUCGUAAAAUGAUCGACGGUCUUUACAAAUACAACUCCGACCGCAAACAGUUCAGCAACAUCCCAGCCAAAACCAUGUCUGCCAGUGUGGACGCUGUGACCAUUCACAGCCACCUAUGGCAAGCUAAGAGACCUGCCACCCCCAAAAAACUACUUUCUUCCAAAGCAUAGCGGAGGCUGGAGAAAAAAAAAUAAAAAAGAACCUCCUGAAGUUUUAUGGAGAUAGCGAUGACUUGUUGCCAUUGAAACUUGUAUGGAGUGAACGCAGACACUUCCUCCUGCUGUCUUUACAACACAACUGGAAUGUAGGACAGUAUUGAUCAGGGGUGGGUUAGGGUGGGCAUGGCGAUGGGUUGUGUUGGGGAGGGGGGGUUAUUUAUCACAAAAACUCACUUCGACUCACUUAACCAGGAGGGUAAGCUGUAUGCUAUCUAAACUCAAGGGGCAUGUGCGGUAUGACACUGAAGCACUGACAUUUGUCCAUGUUAGGUGAGUGGUAUUACUCAACAUCUCUCGCCUUAUAUAUUACCGGUAUUAUUCGUUUAUUUUAAUUUUUUUGUUUUUUUUCAGCGUUUGCGUGUGUGCAAGACAAUGUUGAGUUACAAAGGACAAAUCGAGUAUUUUGUCUAUUCUGUAUGGUUCUUUUUCUCUAUUUGGAGAAGAGCGUAAAAAAAAUGUGGUGUUGAGCAAAUGCAUCGGUAUCGCUGCCAAGAAGGGUGGCAGCAUGUACUUUACUGAGUAAUUCCCUAGCUCCCUGGCAACAAGAGGAUUGUGGGAUAGGCCAGCUUACCUCAAAAAUGCAAGCCAGUAAGCAUGUAUUUUGAAUGACAGCAUCACUUCCUUUAUAUAGCUUUGUCUGCAAGUUUUUACAGGAAAAAAUGGCGUAUUUAAGUACUCUCUCCGAUUUGACAUUCCUAGAGUGCAACGUGCGUACGACUUAGUGUAGUCAGCUUUGACGCUCUGUUCAUUUCUUAUGACUGUUUUUAUCACCUCAUGGAGAGCGACUGUAUCCGUGCUUAUUAUUUUUGUUUUACUAUCGUCAUUUUGUAUUUUUGUUUAGCGCUAUCUAAAAAAAAAAAAGAGAUUGAUUGUCAUGAGGUUAGUGCUAGAUCCUUUAUAUAUUUAUGGGCAAACACUAGUCUUAACAGUUUGCUGCUGACAAACCUAAUGUCUCUUACAAGAUUUUACUUUGUUUUAACCUUUUAGACACUAUUGGUAAGAUAUUUAUUGAGACCAAUCUGUUUAGUGAUGUUGUCCGAGGGAGCGCGGCUUAGAUGUAAAGGUCUGCCGGCUCCUCGGGGGACGUCCUAAUAGAUUAUGUCAUCAGAGACAGUGUUUUCGAGCCCUGUCUUUUAUAUUACACUAGAAGAAAUAAGGUUCCCUCACUUGACGCAUCACUAAGAGAACCAGCAAGGUUGGUUAGAGUGCCAAUGUAAAGAGCUCAAAGCAGUGUUAAGCGAGGGAGGGUGAGACGAUAGGGUGUAACACUAAUGCUGCAGGACAGGGCCAUGCAUCUUGUCUAGUUAGUUGCAUGCACUUUCCGGGAUGAAAGGUAAGCGUGUUUGUGGGUGUUUUUUUAUUCUCCAUUUCAAGGAUAAAGUACGGUUGUUUAUACGAGACGUGUUGUAAAAUAUUUCAUAUCAUGUCAGAAUUAACAUUUUAAGCUAAAUGCAAAGAGAAAUCAUAUGGUCAUUACAUUUUGAAUAGUGUAUUUUCAUUUUAAUAUCUAUUUUGUUAUAUAUAAGUAGGCAUGGAUUGUACAUUAACUUAUCAUUUUUUUGUAAUUUUUUUUUUUUUAAACUGAACAGAGAUGGUCAAGGACCCACAGAAUGUAAUUUAUUUGUUACCAAAAAAAAAGAGAGAAAAAGAACUUGUAUAAACAGGCCGAUGUAUGACAGAUGGGGUAGCGGUGAAUCAUUGCGUUGUAUGAUGGUUUAAUAUUUUCCAAAUUUGCUGCAGGGAAGGGUGAAUGCAUUACCUGCCUUCGAAACCCAGGCCUUUUGUGUAUGAGCUGUAGAUAUUUCCAUCACUUAUUGUAUUGUGGUUAAUUGUAUUGCAGGGGGAGGGUUAGUUACCUUCAUUCUUAUAUGAAUUAUUGAGAUUUCCCUUUUCAUUUAUUCACAACUCCAGACUAAAAAUCAUGAAACAUUAUCUAAUACUUCACCUCAACCCCCUUAGUGAUGGUCGACAUUAUAGAACUAGGACAUAAAAUGACAAUUAGGAAGUGUUUAUUUGAUUGGGACAUUACUGUAUUGUCGCUCUCAUCAUAUCCAUUGUGUAUUUUGUAGUUGGCAAAUUUUAGCAAAAUUCUGCUUCCCUGUUACUUCCAAAAUUAAUCAGACCCAAAAACACUAACAACAUACCGAUAGGUGAAUUCGGAAUUUAGAUUGUGAACCCCUAUAGGGACCAAUCUAAGUGAUCACAAGCUCUAUACAGCACUGCUGAAUAUGCUGGCUCUAUUUAAAAAAAAUAAACAAAAAUUUAAACCCCAAAACAGACUCCUAAAAAGAAUUCAGACCCCGAGACUAUACUCUAAUAUUAAUUCAAAAAGUAUCGGACCUAAGACCAGACUCCAAAACACUCCAACACAUACUGAUAGGUGAAUUUGGAAUUUAGGUGAUUAAUCCUAAUGAGGACAGGGACAAAUUUGAGUGAUUACCAGCUCUGAACAGAGCUAUGGAAUAUGAUGGUGCUAUAUAAAAUAAAAUAAAAAUUAUUAGACUCUAGACCAGACCUCUAAAUUAAGUCAUACCUCAAACCAAAAUUAAUUUAGACUCCAGACCAUACCCCUAAUAUUAAUUCUGACUUUUAAAAUUAAGCAGACCAGACUCCUAAAAUAAGGUCUGACCCCAGACAUCUGAAAUUAAUUUAAACCCCAGACCAUACACAUAAAAUUAAUUCAGACCCCAGACCAGACCUCUAAGUGAAUUCAGACCAGAUAUCUUAAAUGUAUUCAGCCUCUCAAACAGACCAUUAAUUUAGAAUGUUAAACAGACCUUUAAAAUGAAUUUAGAUGCCGGAACACACCCCUAAAAUGAAUUCAGACCCCUAUAAUGAAUUAAACCCUAGACCCACGUACAACUUCCUUAUGCUUGUGUUCCAGUCCCCUACAGUAUUUCUGUUAGAUGCACUAAGGAAGAUGUAUGAUUGUACUUGAAAAUACAUAGUACCCAAUGCAUUUGCAAAAUAUUGAUAAUUUCCCGGUUAGGCAUAACAUUUUAAAACUUUUAAAUGAAAAUUUUUGAACAUUUCUUUAUAUAUUUUAUGUUUGUAUUUGUCAUUUUCAGCAUACAGCACAGUAAUGUUACACAGCCUUGUACAGUACAAUAGACAUAUUCAUGCUAGUUUGAGGACUAGUGGAGUUUGCCAUAUAAAUUUUCCUGCCUUCGGAGGGACAUCUAUGGUUUACUCGGAGACUAUUUGGGGGAUAUUGUAGUAAACAUGGGGAGAACAAAACCCAACAAUAUUUAUAUUUCUGCCUUCUCAAUCCCAGUAUUGGGUCAUUGACGCCCUUUACAUCUUUACCAAGCUCUUGUGCUUCCAUCCUUGUGGCUCCCCAGCAGCCAGACAUCUGUUCUACAUUGUUACCGAUCCCACCCCCCCUUCAUCUUCUUCUACAACCUUGCCCCAGUAUUCGGUUCUACGUCAUCCCUCUUCUGUAUAGUCACCUUCCAGAUAGGGUUGAGUGAUGCAGCCAUUGGAAAGUUAAUGGAAUGUCAAAAACAUAUCCACUUAUCCGGCACAUCCGCAUUGCAGUGUUAUAGGACGUCUCCAGAAUAAAGUAUUAGUUGUUUUGUUUUGCGUUCAAUAUGUUACGACAUAGAACAUUUUGUCUUAUGACGGGUAAAAUAUUGUGCAUUGUAUAGAGCCCCUCUGUCUGUGACCCUGAUGGAAGACACACAGCCAUUGUGUGAUCAGACCAUCUGUAUAGUGUUAGAGACCAAGGCUACGUCACAAGGGUUAUGUAGAGUCUUUGAUGCACUACUAUAAUAAUUUAAUGCACAUGCAUAAAAAACAUUAUACACUCAUAUUGACCCUUGUGGAAACAUCUAUUCCAUAAGAACUUAAUGACAGGCAUCCAGAACCUUCUAGUAUGAAUAUUUCGGAGAUAAAAUGUUGCUACGUUGCUUUUCAAGGCACCAUAUUGGGUCUCUUGCCCAUAUAAGUAGUUGAACACUAUUGCAUAAACAUUAGUCAUCUAUAUCUACUGAACAUAUAGAGAACUUGAAAACCCUGUAAAGCAUCAACAUGUUUUACGGGAUCCGUGACAUUGAGGGGUCAUAUUGUGCCCCUAUAAUCUCUGGUCUCUCUUGGUUGGAUCACUACAUGCUUUAUUAUACACUGCUCAAAAAAAUAAAGGGAACACUUAAACAACACAAGGCCAAUGACACUUCUACAACUCCAAGUCAAUGACACUUCUGUGAAAUCACACUGUCCACUCAGGAAGCAACACUGAUUGACAAUCAAUUUCACAUGCUGUUGUGCAAAUGGAACAGACAACAGGUGGAAAUAAUAGGCAAUUAGGAAGACACCCCCAAUAAAGGAGUGGUUCUGCAGGUGGUGACCACAGACCACUUCUCAGUUCCUAUGCUUCCUGGCUGAUGUUUUGGUCACUUUUGAAUGCUGGCGGUGCUUUCACUCUAGUGGUAGCAUGAGACGGAGUCUACAACUCACACAAGUGGCUCAGGUAGUACAGCUCAUCCAGGAUGGCACAUCAAUGCGAGCUGUGGCAAGGUGGUUUACUGUGUCAGCAUAGUGUCCAGAGCAUGGAAGCGCUACCAGGAGAUAGGCCAGUACAUCAGGAGACAUGGAGGAGGCCGUAGGAGGGCAACAACCCAGCAGCAGGACAGUUAUCUCUGCCUUUAUGCAAGGAGGAGCACUGCCAGAGCCCUACAAAAUUACCUCCAGCAGGCAAAAAUGUGCAUGUGUGCACUCAAACGGUCAGAGAACACCAAGAUUGUCAAAUUCGCCACUGGCGCCCUGUGCUCUGUACUCCGUGGAGAAUGUUCUGCUGCCUGCAACAUCCUCCAGCAUGACCGGUUUGGCGGUGGGUCAGUAAUGGUGUGGGGUGGCAUUUCUUUGGGGGGGCCACACAGCCCUCCAGGUGCUUGCCAGAGGUAGCCUGACUGCCAUUAGGUACCAAGAUCCUCAGACCCCUUGUGAGCCCAUAUGCUGGUGCGGUUGGCCCUGGGUUCCUCCUAAGGCAAGACAAUCUUAGACCUCGUGUGGCUGGAGUGUGUCAGCAGUUCCUGCAAGAGGAAGGCAUUGAUGCUAUGGACUGGCCUACACAUUCCCCGGACCUUAAUUCGAUUGAGCACAUCUGGGAGAUCAUGUCUCGCUCCAUCCACCAACGCCACGUUACACCACAGACUUUCCAGGAGUUGGCGGAUGCUUUAGUCCAGGUCUGGGAGGACAUCCCUCAGGAGACCAUCCGCCACCUCAUCAGGCGCAUGUCCAGGCGUUGUAGGGAGGUCAUACGAGCACGUGGAGGCCACACACACUACUGAGCCUCAUUUUGACUUGUUUUAAGGACAUUACAUCAAGGUUGGAUCAGCCUCUAGUGUGGUUUUCCACUUUGAUUUUGAGUGUGACUAUAAUUUUUGUGUGAUUUUGUUGUCAGCAAAUUCUACUAUGUAAAGACGAAAGUAUUUCAUACGAUUAGUUCAUUCAUUCAGAUCUAGGAUGUGUUAUCUUAGUGUUCCCUUUAUUUUUUUUGAGCAGUGUAGAUCAAGCAGCCAGAGUAUAUAGCUUCAUGCACAAUAGGCUAUUCUAGGCUUUUCUUGGGUUGGGUUUAUUCAUAUUAGGGCAGGCGCUCGUGCCCAUAGCGGUGCCAUAUUGCAGAGUAUAAGUUUAGAAAUAAAAUAGUCAUACUGUAUUAAAUCCAAGGGAAUUUUUAUGGGUUUAGCUGAAAAAGGUUUUGUACUGAAGUGGUUAACGAAAUAAGAACAAAACGUUUUAUCAGACUUUUUAAUUCACAUUCUAUUUUAAUUUGUUGGCUGAGUUUGAGAUUUCUGAAGCCAUGGUCAUAUUGAGGUGCUGGGUUUACAUAGGCUCUGUUCACACUUGCUUUAAAGGGGUUAUCCAGGAUUGGAAUACCGUAACUGAUUUGAUUCUUCAAAAAACAGCACCACCCCUUGUCCUCAGGUGUUGUGUGGUAUUGCAGCUCAGUUCUAUUGAAGUGAAUGGAGCCAAGCUGCAAUACCACACACAACCUGAGGACAGGUGUGGUGGUGUUUUUGGAAUAAAACAGCUCUAUUUUUCUAUCUUUGGAUAACUUCUUUAAUGUUGUCCAUUGGAGUUACCAUUAUUUUUGAAGGCAAGAAUGCUUGCACUAUUUCUGCAGUCAAAAAUACUAGAACCACGAUGAUAUUAAAGUCAGAAAUUGCUGUAUCUGUAUAAAAAAUCUGAUUUGGCUGUCAUGGCUCCAUUAUGUAUAAGAAUGCCAUGGCACUAGUGUGAACAGAGCCUUAAAGUCGCUAUACAAAUGGGCACAAAGUUGACCAAACCUGCCAAUUUUCCGCAUGACUGGCCAACUAAACUAUGUCUAUGGGGUUUUUCCAACUCUGCCCCAAGGUGAAGAGUUGGCACAGUCCCAUACACAUAAGAUAGUUAGGCAGUCCUGCCGGAAUCAAAGCCAUGCCGAAUUUCAGCACCAGUCUUUGACCAUACCAAUCAUGUGUAUGGGAAGGAAUAGCUCUCCGCCAACCAAGUCAUCAGCCAAAAGUUAUAGCAGGUGUAUGGUCACCUUGACACUUGUGUCCCAACUUAUGUACUACGAGUUAAAGCCUGACAUGAGAUAUAUAUAUAUAUAUAUAUAUAUAUAUAUAUAUAUAUACACACACACACAAAGUAAAUAGUACUUAUGUUACAUUUCCCUUUUAAAUUGAAUUAAUUUAUUCAUCUUUUAUUCUAAGUAUUAAAACUGUCUUUUUGAUGUAUUAAAACUCUAAGUUGUCUUCUUUUAUUUUUUUUUAUUGCUUUAUAAGUAUUAUCAUUAUUGCUCUUUAUAUUUCCACUGCCAGAGCUAUUUAUGCAGUAUUAUCAUUUUUAAUACUUUUACUUUUGUUUUCUCCUACUUUUUUAACCCAUUUUUAUCUUUCAGCAGUGAUUCCGGAUGAUUGUUUUUGGUAUGAUCUUUUUUUCUGUCAUACUCCUCAACCUGCAGCCCGUUCAGCUGUGGCAAAACUACAACUCCCAUCAUGCCCUGACAGCCGAAGGCUGUCAGGGCAUGAUGGCAGUUGUAGUUUCACCGCAGCUGUCAGGCCUUGAUGGGAGUUGUAGUUUUGUGAAAAGCUAAAGGUUGCGGAACUCUAAAGGAGAUUCAUUGUGACCUGUGCAGAGGGAAAGUCAACAGUUGCCCAUAGCAACCAAUCAGAUCACUUCUUUCAUUUUUGAAAAGGGCCUCUGAAAAGUGAAAGAAGCGAUCUGAUGGUUGCUAUGGGCAACUGGUCAACUUUCCCUCUGCACAGGCCGUGAUGAAUCUCCCCCUAUGUUCUUACAUAUAUAGUAUUCGGUUAUCUAGUUUAACCCUCUGUUUGCCAUAGUGUGCCAACAAGUAGACACUCGCACAUUCCCUUAAAAGAGAGUACUGCUUUCUGUACAAUUCGCGAUUUGUCUUUGUUUUGUUGUUUUUUUUUGUUUUGUUUUUUCCCCCUUCAUGGAGUAACACGAAUAAGAUGACUGGCAUUUCGACAUCUUCAAAAGGCAUAAAAAAAUAAAAGAAAAAAAAAAUUAAAAUAAAUAAAAAAUAAAUAAAAUGUUUCCAUGCCUGACAUUUUGUAUGAAUGUUCACAAGGACGUGUCUCAUUACUUAUGAAUCUGUCUCCCUAUUGUUUGCAUGUAAAUGAGAUCUAAACAGUUGUGUAGAUACUAUGUAUAUUGGUGUGUAUGUACAUAUAUGUGAUAGGUGGAAAAAAAAAAAAAGGAAAACCUGCACAUUUUUGCUUGUGCCGUCAUCACUGCAAGCAGCGGAAAAAUAAAAAAAGAUCUCUUCACUGCA